UUGACGUUCAUAUUAAAGAUUCUGAGUUGGUUGACAGUGUUUUGGAAUGAAUGGUCUGAUAAAAAUUGGGCACAGACUAUAUAUAUACCAACAGCGAAUUUCUGAAAAAACGAAUUUGCACUAAAUUUGGACUUUUCAAUAAUAAUAAAAUCAAUCCAACGCAUUAACAUAGUCAAUCACAUACUGUUAAUGUGGUUUUCAACAAUUUAAACUUAGCAUUUUUGAAAAGCUGUUUAAAAAUCAAUCUACUUAUUCUUUCAUUGCUGAAGCAUCAUUUGAAUAAGAAACAAUUAAAAUCAUUAUGAAAUAGUACUUCAUCAUAUUUCGUACAUUUACAAUGUCGUUUAAUAAUGAAACUUAUAAUUUAUCAACCUCAUUAUCUAAUGAGACUGAAAAAUUAACCAGAAUAACUAAUGACAAUUGUUCAUUGUUCAGUAAUUACGAAGUCAUUAAAUUACCAAAUUCUUAUCCAUCUGUUAACUGGAAUAGUAAUAUCAAUAGCCAUGACAUUACAUAUACAAAAUCCAAUUUAUAUACAAAUGAAUUGAAUUCACUAACAGAAUCAAAUAGAUUUCAUUCCAUUAAAUGUAUAAACUAUGACAAAGAAACUUUGCCAAAUAUGAAUACUGGAAAUCCAUUAGACUAUUCUAUAAAUUCUUUAAUCAAUAAAAAAGAAAAAUCAGUAUUACCAAUAAUCAAAUCAUCUUUUUUAACUGAUUCUAAUUCUAAUCAUAAUUUAAUUCAAUAUUCAAAUGAAAAUAAUAACAUAUACAACACAUCACCAUCUACUUGUUCAAUUGAAUACAAUUCGAACUCAAUAAAAAAUGAGAUCAAAAGUCCUAAAAUGAAUGAAAAACUUAUAUUGAAACGUAGAUAUUCCAAAAAUCUUUCAAAUUCAUCUACUAAACAUUCUAAGAAGUAUAUGAGAGUAGAUUAUAACAAUGAUACCGGCCAAAAUAGUUUCAUUAUUGAUCACAGUAACCAAAAUAAUAGCACUAGUCAAUUUUCAACGACUAAACAAUUAUACACCGAUAAUUUACUUAAAGAUACAUCAGCUUUAAAUAGGACUAUUGUUUCUACAAUCGGAUGGAAAACGCAUAAUAAUAAUAAUAAUAAUAAUAAUAAUACAGAUUUUAAAGGGUAUGAUAAAAAUUCCAUGGAUACCAUAAAAUUAAGUAAAACUGUCCAGUCAGAUGACCAAAAUAUUCUAUUUAAUGAUAACCACAAUGAAAUCAAUGUUAGUAAUGAUAAUGAUAAUAAUGAUACGAAAAUGAAUACAAUCUCCACAGGAGCUUAUAAAUAUUUAACUUGGCGUGAGAAAGAUCGUAGACGAAGAUUUCGUGAAGAAUGGAAACAUUUAUGGCUUGUUAUACCAUAUGGACGUUAUGAGGUUAUGUGCCUUGUAUGUCACAAAAUUAUGACACAAAGAAAAUUAGAUACAAUUAAACGUCAUAAUGUUCGACGACAUGGUGAAUUACAAGGAAUGUCUCAUAUAGAAAGACAAAUCUUAUUUGAUAAACUAUUAAAACAACAUAACGAAACAAUGACAAAUACAUCUGAUAUUUUAUCAAAUAAACUAUCUAGUAAAUCAAAACCUAAAUAUAAAUCUACAUCUGAUAAUAAUACAAUUAACUCUUUAAAUGGUAAAGAUUCAAAUGAAAUGGUCAAUGAUUUAAUACAACAUACAAACAAUUGGUUAACUAAUCCGAGUUCUGAAAUAAAUCAAGUACCGAAUCCGAUUAUGAAAAGUUAUUCUUCAUCAAUUAAUUUACCAUUUUCUGAUCAUAUACCAUACAAAAGAAAUAAAAGAUUGUUUAAUAAAAAAGAUAAAAAGUUGUAUACAACUACUGAAUUGAUAGAAAAUACUACUAACAAAAAAAAUAAACGUUUACCAAAAAGGUUACAAAAAGGCAAUUCACAUUGUUCUUUAUCUAAUUCUACAGAAAACUUAAAUGAUCAUUAUAACUUAUCUGUCAGUACAAAUCCUCUUGAAAGAUUAUCAUUUAUUGGAUUGAAGAAUUAUUCUGAUGCAUUAGAUAUUUCCAAUUUAGGAGAUCAAUUAAAAACAAGAUCCGAUAAAAAACAUUUGUCUCCAAUGUUACAUCAUCAAUUUCAAUGA